AUGGGCCAGCAGUUGUACGGCCACGCCAGGCUCGUCGCCAGCGUCGCCGCCACUCUCAUCUCCCUCGCCUGUGGCACCAACUAUGUCUACUCGGCUUGGGCUCCGCAGUUUGCCGAGAGGCUCGACCUCUCUUCCACCCAGAGCAACCUGAUCGGCCUGUCCGGGAACCUAGGUGUCUACUCGCUCGGCGUCCCCGUCGGCGUCUUGAUCGAUCGGCGCGGGCCCCGGCCUUUCGUCCUCUUCGGCGCCGCUCUUCUCGCCAUCGGCUACUUUUCCCUGCACCAGGCUUACGACAGCGCCUCGGGUUCCGUCGCCACCCUGUGCUUCUUCUCCUACCUCUCCGGCCUCGGAAGCUGCAUGGCGUUCGCCGCCGCGGUCAAGACGUCGGCUCUCAACUGGCCCCAUCACCGGGGCACCGCCACCGCCUUUCCCGUUGCCGCCUUUGGUCUCAGUGCCUUCUUCUUUUCCUCCCUUGGCUCAAUCUUCUUCCCCGGCAACCCCAGCGCGUUCCUGAAGCUUUUGUCUUGGGGCACUUUCGGCCUGACCCUCUUCGGCUUCUUCUUUCUCAGAGUCUCCUCUCAUCGCGUCCACGAAGCCUCCUCCAGGCCCGGCUCUCCCGACCCCACCUUUCGUCGUACACUGUCCGCCGAGGCCGAGGCGUUCUACCCUCGAUCGGCAACCGCGCCCCAAUGCUCGCCUGAACCCGGGCCAACUGCUACGUCAGUUCCAGGGGACGCCCGAGAGCCUCAGGCAAACAUCGACGAGACGUCGUCCCUGAUGCCACCCCCCUUGGCAACGCCAGAAAACGUGGUGGCGAGCAGUGUUGAUAUAGACCGAUCUCGUCGAAUAGAUUUCCGCGGCCUGCGACUUCUUCGCACGCAUUCUUUUUGGCACCUUUUCUCCAUCAUGGCCAUCCUUGCUGGCACCGGCCUCAUGACCAUCAACAACAUUGGCAACAACGCCAACGCUCUGUGGAAACAUUUCGAUGAUUCGGUCAGCAAGUCCUUCCUCGUCCACAGGCAGCAGAUGCUUGUAUCAGCUUUAUCUGUCUGCAGUUUUGUCGGGAGGCUCUUGAGUGGUGUUGGAUCCGACUUCUUGGUCAGAUCGCUCCACGCCAGCCGACUAUGGUGUCUGUUUGUAGCUUGCCUCGUCUUCCUCGUCGCCCAAGUCUUUGCUCUCAGUGUCCAGAAUCCUCACCUGCUCGGCUUCGUCUCCGCAUUCUCUGGCCUCGGACACGGGGUUCUUUUCGGCGUUUUCCCGUCCCUCGUGACCGAGGCAUUUGGUAUCCGCGGCCUGAGCCAAAAUUGGGGUUUCAUGAUGCUGGCCCCUGUUGCGUCUUCCAAUGUCUUCAACCUGCUCUAUGGGCUCGAUUGCUACCGUACAGCAUAUUGGAUCACUUUCGGGGCCUGCUGUGGUGGAUUGGUCAUCACUCUUCAAGCAAUUCGUCAUGAGCGACUCGAGCGAGCCAAGGACAACGACGGUGAAGACUAG